CAUCACUCAUCCUUCAAACUUAUCAUCAUCAACUUAUCAUCAAACUCAGAUUCAUACAUUCCAAAGACCACUAUCAAUGGCAAAUUAUUCGUACGGAAAUGGUCAAGGAGGCGGUCAUUGGGCACCGCCACAGGGACCUCCACCACCUCAAUGGGCAGCACCUUCAGGACCUCCACCACCUCAAUGGGCAGCACCUCCAGGACCUCCGCCACCACAAUGGGGCUCACCAGCUGGAAACGGCUCCGGAUCCUUCCCGACUCAGACUCGCUGGGCACCUCCUACUGGACCUCCACCUCCUACCAACGAUAAUGCUCAUCCUUAUCCCGGGGCUCAUGGUCACGGAAAUCCUCCGACCAACUAUCAACAAUCAUAUAACCAUGGUCCACCUGGUGCGCAUCAUCAACCACCACCUCCACCUCAAGGCGGCCCAUACUUUCAAUAUUCCAACUGUACUGGUCGACGCAAAGCACUUUGCGUAGGAAUCAAUUAUACUGGGACUUCGGCGGCCUUGAGAGGAUGUCAUAAUGAUGCAACAAAUAUGCAAAGGUUCUUGAUAGAACGGUAUAACUACAAGGCAGAGGAUAUGGUUAUGUUAUUGGAUUCGCCGGGUGCCAAUGCUAGACAAAUCCCAACCCGAGCCAAUAUAAUUUCUGCCAUGCAAUGGCUGGUUUCGAAUGCUCAACCUAACGACUCACUGUUCUUUCACUAUAGUGGUCAUGGUGGCCAAACUGAAGAUUUAGAUGGUGAUGAGGAUGAUGGGUUUGAUGAAGUUAUAUAUCCUUUGGACCAUAAACAAGCCGGUCACAUUGUAGAUGACGAAAUGUUUUUCAUCAUGGUCGCACCACUCCCACCCGGAUGUCGACUUACUGCUAUCUUUGAUUCUUGUCAUUCGGGUACAGCUUUGGAUUUACCAUACGUAUAUUCAACUGAAGGAAAGAUCAAGGAACCCAACAUGUUGGCCGAGGCUGGUCAAGGUGCACUCCAAGCUGGUCUUUCUUAUAUGCGCGGAGAUAUUGGUGGAAUGGCAAAAGGUUUACUUGGAUUAGGAAAGAAGGUCAUGAAUGGUAAUAAAGCUGAACAGGUUUCAAGAGCUACUCGAACUAGUCCUGCAGAUGCGAUCCAAUGGAGUGGUUGUAAAGAUUCUCAAACUAGUGCUGAUGCAGUAGAAGCGGGUGCAGCUACUGGUGCGAUGUCUUAUGCAUUCAUCACUGCACUGACCCAAAACCCUCAACAAACCUAUCAACAACUAUUGGUUUCCAUUCGUCAAAUCCUAAAAGAGAAAUACUCACAAAAACCCCAACUCUCAGCUUCACAUCCAAUUGAUACAAACUUAAUGUUUGUGAUGUGAACCGUGGAGCUUCAAAUACAUCGGUCCUAAAGCCAGCAAGUUUUAUAUCACCAUUUUUUUUCUUUUUCACUUUUUUUCUUUCUAAUCUGUUCACCUCAAAAUUGAAGAAAACCAUGACACUUAUGAAAGAGUAACUCUGUUGUAGCAAAGUAUGUAACAUGUCUUCAUCAUUUUGUGAAAAAGUAU